UUUUGCAAAAUUAGGUCUCUCCUCUAUAUCUCUCUCUCUCUCUCUCUCUCUCUCUCUCUCUCUCUCUAUCGUUUCGUAUAUGUAUCGUAAGAGAAGGUGAAGAAUAUUUAGUCUGAUUAGAGAAGAAGAAGAAGAAAAAUAAAUAAAUAGAGAAGCUCUGGAUUCCUCUUUCCGUCCUACGCGACGGUUCAUAUGCCGGUUGGCUUUAAGGUUGUGCCGGACUUGGAUCUAAACUGUUUUUUCUCCUUCCAUAAGACAUGGAGCAAGUUUGCUUCUGGUCAAAUUGCUUCCACUACCGAGCUUUUUCAUUUCAAGAAGUGCUCGAUUGGCGGUUUCUUGUCCUUGGAGACUUUCUUUUGGUUUCCUUUGUUAAUUGCACUUAGUGGUCAUUUUCAUUUUAAUGAACACAACAGGAGGCGUGAUGCAAAAUUUCUCUGAGAUAGGUGUUGGAUCUUUAGUGCACUUGUUCAAUGCAUUGCUGAUGCAGCAUCCAGUCAAAGUAUUUGGGAAAAUGUCUUCCGGGGGUUGAAGUCUGUGAGGAAUCAAUUGAAAGCUGCUUAGGUAGUUAAUAUUUAGAUCAGCCAUUACCUCAAAACUCUGCAGGCUGUAUUCUGCAUUUCUCAUUUUGUGGCUGCUGCUGCUGGUUACUGCUUUUGAGUGCCAAGAUAUCAUUUUACUGAACAAUCUCUACAUAGCGUAGAUGAAGUAGCUUUUAUUGUGUUUUUGAACCCUUGGGUGAUUGUUUUUAAAAUUAGGGAUCCUUUCUUUUGUCAAGACAAAUUAUUCUGGUUGGUUCCAACAUCCUUGUUUGUUGUUGAACAUGUUUUGCAGUCCUUGUCUUUUUCCGCCUUCCAUGUCUGCUUACUAUCUUGAAGUUGUCGGUCUAGCAUUAAAUAAAGCUGUGAAGCUUAUCCAUCAAAAUCAUUCUGGUUUUGUGCUCUCAAUUACCUUGGCUGAUAACUAGAGAUAGCUGGAUCAAAGCAGUCUUUUAUACUUUCUACUAGGGUUCACGUACCAUAGAUGUCAUAUAGUGUUUUUGGGUCUUAUACUUUUCGUGAAUAAAGAGCGCGCUUCUUUGUGUUCCAGAAGGAGAAUGGAGAGCUCUUUGUUUAGGUAUAAGUUAAUCAAGGAAGUUGGUGAUGGCACAUUUGGGAGUGUUUGGCGAGCGAUUAAUAAGCAGUCUGGUGAAGUUGUGGCAAUUAAAAAGAUGAAGAAAAAGUAUUAUACAUGGGAAGAGUGUGUGAAUCUGAGAGAGGUUAAGUCAUUACGGAGAAUGAAUCAUCCAAAUAUCGUGAAACUUAAGGAAGUCAUAAGAGAAAAUGACAUACUGUAUUUUGUUUUCGAGUACAUGGACUGCAACCUCUAUCAACUUAUUAAAGACAGGGUAAAGCUAUUCCCAGAAGCUGAAGUCAGGAAUUGGUGUUUCCAAGUGUUUCAAGGUCUUGCUUACAUGCACCAGCGGGGAUAUUUUCAUAGGGACUUGAAGCCAGAGAACUUGUUGGUUACAAAAGGAAUAAUCAAAAUUGCUGAUUUUGGUCUUGCACGAGAAAUCAAUUCACAACCACCAUAUACAGAGUAUGUUUCAACGCGAUGGUAUAGGGCGCCAGAGGUGCUGCUUCAGUCAUACCUCUAUAGUUCUAAAGUUGAUAUGUGGGCAAUGGGUGCUAUAAUGGCCGAGUUAUUUACUCUUCGUCCUCUUUUUCCUGGUACAAGUGAAGCAGAUGAGAUCUACAAAAUAUGCAAUAUAAUAGGGAGUCCAACAAAGGACUCAUGGGCUGAUGGACUUAAUCUUGCAAGGGCUAUUAACUAUCAAUUUCCACAGUUUGGUGGCGUCCAACUUUCUGCUCUCAUACCAUCAGCAAGUGAGGAUGCAGUAAACCUUAUUAAGUCGCUUUGUUCUUGGGAUCCAUCCAAGAGGCCUUCAGCUGGAGAGGCACUUCAACAUCCUUUCUUCCAGAGUUGCUUCUAUGUUCCACCAACUCUUCGUUCCAGAGCUCCUGUUACUAGGACACCUCCAUCUGCUGGAGCAAAGUGCACCUUGGAGCAGCAAUAUGCUAGAAGGCCUACAGGGCCACUGUCUAAUUCGAAGGUCUCACCCGCUUAUAUGUCUCCAAAAUUAAACGCUUCCUUGAGCACAGGUGUACAACGUAAACUGGACUUGGUUAAUCAGGAUGCAAGUAGGAAUGAUAAGUCAUUCAGGAGUUCUACCAAACAACAGAAAUAUCGACCACCUGGAAGGAAGAGCCCGCCGACCAAUAUCAUUAACAAGAGUAGAGCUGCACGUGGAGUGUCUGAUACAGCUGAUAAAUUUGCAAGCAUGGCAGUUGGUUCUAACAGACACAGCGGAUUGCAACAGAGGCCUCCACCGAUGAAGGCUGGAGUGCAGUGGGCUGCUGAAUCUGGCGACAUGUUUCUCAGACCAAGCCAUCAAUUCCAAGCUGGCAGAAGUUGUACUAGGAAAGUUGUGGGAUGACGACUACGAAGUGGGAGUGUGUGCUUUUUUCUUUAUAUUGGGUGAUGAAUUUGCUGAUGUUGCCAAGUGUUUGUUUCGUGUAUUAUGGAGGCAUAUUUACGUAGAAUGUUUCCGUUACUGUUAUUUUGAUGUUCUGCUUUUGUUAACAAGUAUAUUCCUGUGAAUAAUAAAAGGCAAAACCUUGCACUA